AUGCCUCUCAAAAUUCCUACCAAUGAAAAAGACAAUUCACAACUCUUACAAGAACAGCAAAAAGACGAAAUAAAUAAUAAAAUGGUGUGUGAAGAAGAAGAAGAAAGUGAUACAGGAAGGGGUUUGGCUAAAUCUUUGACGUUAAUGAAUGGUGUUUCGAUGAUUGUUGGAUGUAUCAUUGGAUCGGGAAUUUUUCUGUCACCUACGGGAGUUCAAAGAGAGGCUGGAAGUGUUGGAUUGUCUCUUCUAAUAUGGAUAUUUUGCGGUUUGUUUGUUGGACUUGGCUCUUAUUGUUAUGCCGAACUUGGUACUUUGAUUAAAAAAUCUGGUGGAGAUUAUGCUUAUAUUAUGGAGGCUUUUGGACCUUUUUUGGCAUUUAUUCGAUUAUGGGUUGAAGCUAUUAUUGUUAGGCCAUGUACUUGUACAAUUGUUUGUUUGACCUUUGCUACUUACAUUCUUCGACCGUUCUUCCCCAAUUGUUCCCCGCCUUCAGGAAUUAUUCAAAUGAUUGCUGCUGCUUUGAUAAGUGUGUGUAAAAAAUUUAUUGAAAAAUUUGAGAGGUUUUUUAAAAAUUUUUAUUAUUUUUCAGUUUUUUUGACGACUUUAAAUUGUGUUUCUGUUAGGUGGUCAACAAUUGUUAUGGAUACCUUUACUGUUGCCAAAAUAUUUGCUCUUUUGCUUAUUACUUUUACAGGAAUUUAUUUGUUGGUUAGCGGAGAUCCACUUUAUCGAAAGUCAUUUGAGAACAUUUUUGAAGACACAAAUACCAAUAUUGGCAAAGUUUCAAUAGCCUUUUAUUCUGGACUUUUUGCCUAUCAAGGAUGGAAUUAUUUAAAUUUUAUUAUUGAAGAGCUUCAAAAUCCUAAAAGAAAUCUUCCUCUUGCAAUUCUCAUCUCAACCGUUUCUGUUACUAUAAUUUAUGUUUUUACAAAUGUUGCUCUCUACACAGUUAUUAGCCCACAAGAAAUGUUGGCUUCUGAUGCUGUUGCUGUGGAAUUUGCAAAUAAAAUGUAUGGACCUUUAGCUUUUACAAUGCCUAUAUUUGUUGCUUGUUCGACUUUUGGAUCAGCAAAUGGAGUGAUUUUCACAUCAUCAAGACUUUUCUAUGUUGGCGCUAGAGAGGAACAAAUGCCAAUUGCAUUAACUAUGAUAAAUAAACAAACGAGAACACCAAUACCGGCAGUAGCAUUUCUGGGAUUCUUGUCACUUUGUUAUUUAGCUUUUGGAGAUGAUGCAAUAACUCUAAUAAAUUAUAUCCAAAUAAGUUAUUGGUUGGCUAUAGGUUUAGCAAUUUCUGCACUUUUUUAUCUUCGCAAAAAAAUGCCAAAUGCUCCAAGACCGAUAAAAGUUAAUUUAAUAUUUCCUUCUUUAUUUUUGUUUGGAUGUAUGGCACUUGUUGUUAUACCUAUUGUUGGGAAUCCUAAGGAUACAGCAAUUGGAAUAGCAAUAAUGUUGACAGCUAUACCUGUCUAUUUACUUUUUAUUUAUUGGAAAAAUAGGCCAAUGUGGAUUUACAGAGCUUCGGGUAUUUUUUUGUUGUUUAAUAAAAUAUUUUUUAUUUGA